GCGGCUCUAUGCAUUGUUGUCGGAACAGAAAGCGAGUUGAGAUUGAUAUACGGGGGCCGAAGACAAGUUGUGCAUAUCAUCAUCAGACCAGCUGCAGAGCAGGCAGCAGCAGCAGCAAGCUACCAACGGGUCCUGAACUCAUCCUUCCAGACAUGGGUUGCUAUGACUGCUGUAUGCGCUGUUUGGGUGGGGUGCCAUACUGCUCCCUGGUCGCCACGCUGCUGUGUUUCUCUGGCAUUGCCCUGUUCUGCGGUUGUACUCACCAGGCACUCACAGAGACAGAGAGACUCAUCGAGACUUACUUUGCCCGCAACCUUCAGGACUACAUCACGCUUGCCUACAUCAUUCAGUAUUUCCAGUAUGUCAUCUAUGGUUUGGCCACCUUUUUCUUCGUCUACUGCAUCAUCCUGUUGGCUGAGGGCUUCUACACCACGAGCGCUGCCAAGCAAACCUUUGGAGAGUUCAGGAGCACCAUGUGUGGCCGCUGCCUCAGCUCCUCGUUUAUAGUGAUGACAUAUGUGCUAGCUGUGCUGUGGCUGUUGGUGUUCGCCUUCUCAGCCCUGCCUGUGCACUUUUUUUACAACAUGGAUGCCACCUGUCACACUAUUGAUGUUCUGACUGAGACCCCAGCCAGUAUCAACCAGCUCUGUGUGGAUGCAAGGCAAUAUGGUCUCCUGCCAUGGAAUGCAGUACCAGGGAAAGCUUGUGGAAUUACUCUGUCCACUAUUUGCAAGACCAGAGAGUAUCAAAUGACUUAUGACCUCUACAUUGCUGCCUUCGCCGGCGCAGGCAUCACUCUCCUAGCUCUGCUCACCUACACUGUGUCAACCACCUAUAACUUUGCUGUUCUGCGGUAUCUGGGGAGAAAGGGGAUAAGUGCACGGUGUUAGGCUCGCCUGCUUCUUGUCUGCUCUGUGUCUACUUCACCACCAACAUGGGGAUCUAUAAGGACAACAACAAAUCUCUCUUUCUAAAUCAUCACUACAGAGCCACCUGUUGACAUGGACUCUUAAAAAUCUUGUCUUUGUAUUUUUACUUUUCUUAUGGGAACAGUUUUAGUGUUUUCUUUUACUGUAUUUUAUGUAUCUGAGGUUUGUCUGCUGAUUUUACAUGCAGCAAGUCUUACUUAUUAUUUUCAUACCCUCAUGACCAAAAUAUUUGUAAGUUAUUGCUCUUUUUAUUUGUCCACAUUAGAGUCCGAAAUUCCCUUUCGCUUAAGUUAACCUCCAAAUAACACUAAGCUAAUUCAUUAACAUUUUAGGAAAUAACCAUCUAUGUUACUGCAACACAUGUAGCUUAAAUGCAGCUGUUCUAGGGAAUAGGGAUUUUAGGUUACCAUAGCUACCACCCCUCACAUCUGGUUGUCAUGGUGGCAGACAAGCAUGCAUUUGCAGUCUCACGCUGACCUCAGGACUUUUCUCACGGACUGGAGAAAAAGCCAAAACAAUGGAGUCAGGCCUGUUUUUGAAAAGCUAGCCAAUAGGGAGCCAGCUGUGGGGGCCACCUGCACAACGAGUCUCUGCCAAGGGUUAUAUUACAUGUCAAGGGAGAGGGUCCUCAGGACAAAGAGGGGGUUAGACCCAGCCAAAGCCUCAAUGAGGGUCUUCUGGGACAGCAACCACACACAACACCAUCCAAAUGCUUCUACAAGACCUCUACCUCUCUCUGGAUAAUGAAAGGAAAGAUUCAGUGAGGGGACGGAGGGAAUUUUGAUAGAUUUUGAAGUUUCUUUCCAAAAAGGGAGAUAUUAGUGAAGUCUGAUCGAAGAAGGUCUGAAAUUGUUUCUCAUAAUUUUGAGAUUGCAAAAGCACUAGGUGCUAACUUACCAAGUGGCCUUAUAUGUAGCCUAAAACACAUUGUAAGAUGUGUCCCCUGCUUUUUAUGCAUGGUUGAGGUACUUUUAAAGAGAGAUGACUGCUUUGUUUUUCUCUCAUUCUAUAGGAAUUUUGUUGUAGUUAUUGUAUAACACCUCUUUUAUUUAGCUGAUUUACUAUUUUUCACUUUGGGUGUUACUAACUGAAGCCCUUAGCAAUGUUAUAAUUAGAUUCUUCUAUUUGGUUGAAGCUUUAUCAAGCUGCGAUAGGUAGAUUUGGUGAUUAUUUUUGUGUUGGUAAAGUUUGAUAAUAAAAAGAUUCUGUAAAAUA